AUGAUGACUGGUGGUACUUCAGCUGAAGGAAAGCUCAUCCAUACCUUCCAGGGCCAUAUUUUAGAAAAGUUAGAUGAAGAUAUCCAGACAGUCAAUGCAAUAAAAUCGAAGCUUUUGAAUGAAGCUACCGAUCCUGCGGCCAAAAGUGCUCCCUCGCCAGCACCACCAUCAUCAUCCUUCAAAUCUCCAUUAUCGAACGAAAAUAAGGGAGCUUCGUUGCUAGAGGAUGGACCAUUAGACUCUCUGAAAAACGAGGUGGCGCUGGACUCCAAAAAUCCAUUAAAAGAUUCCAAUAACAACAGACAGGUGAUGUUGGAAGAUUCAUCUUCCCCCAACGAAAGAAACUGGGAUGCAAACGAUACCAUAUCAAAUAAUGUGGACAAGUCCAGUUUUAGAAAUUAUAUCAUUGCAUGUGAUAGAGUGAAGGCAUUUUACAAGGAACAACAUCAUAAACAAACCUUUGCUUAUAAUAUCCAAGCGAGAAUAAACUUCAAAACCAAGGUACGAGCCAGACUUACCAUUUGGGAUGCUUUGGUGAAAUUGAAUAAUCUCAUAGACAAAAGUGACCCAGACACAGAAUUAUCGCAAAUCGAUCAUGCAAUACAAACGGCAGAAGCAAUUCGUAGAGAUAGAAAGCCAAGAUGGAUGCAGUUGGUGGGUUUAAUUCAUGACUUGGGUAAGCUACUAUACUUUUUCGAUGCGAAAGGUCAAUGGGAUGUGGUAGGUGAUACUUUCCCUAUUGGAUGCGGGUUCUCUAAAAGGAUCAUUUUCCAUGAAUUUUUCAAAGAUAAUCCAGAUUCUUACCAUCCGAUCUACAAGACAAAAUAUGGCAUUUAUUCACCUCAUUGUGGGCUCGAUAAUGUUAUGUUAAGUUGGGGACAUGAUGAAUAUAUGUACCAUAUAGCCAAAUUGCAUUCAACUUUACCUAAAGAGGGGCUUGCCAUGAUAAGAUAUCAUUCAUGCUAUCCUAUCCAUCGUGAGAAUGGCUAUGAACAUUUGAUGAAUGAAGAUGAUAAAAAAAUGAUUGCUGCGGUUAAGGCUUUCAACCCCUAUGAUUUGUACUCUAAGUCAAAAGAUGUUUAUAAAGUUGAAGAGCUAGAGCCCUAUUACCUUGGAUUAAUUGAUGAAUUUUUUCCCAACAAGACGGUGGAAUUUUAA